AUGGCCACCAUCAGUCGAGUAAAAGAUGAUGAGUCUGGUAAACCAAACAGGCUGCUGCCCAUCUCUUCUGCCAACGUUAUUAAUCUUCCCUUGGACAACAUUGAGAAAAGGGGUGCAAUCUUGGGGGUUAUAGCUGGAGAUGACACAAGUGAUAAAGAUGCUUGUUGGGAAACCUCGGAGGUUAUAUAUGUCAAACAUGAGACAUGUGGGGAAAUUGUGAAGCACACUGUCACUGAGGAAGAUGGAAGGAGCACAACUGAGGAUCAUAAGGGCAUCGUUGUCAGUGAUGAAGAAGUCAGUGAUGAUGAAGGAUAUACUGUGAAUAAUGUACUUGCAAGAAGUAGACACCGUGACGGUUCUAUAUACAGGGGGCAUGGGCGAUACAUGGUGGAAAAAACAGUAUUGUACUGCAGACCGUAA